AUGGCAAAAGACGUGGAAGCUGUUCCCGGGGAAAGGUUUCAGACAAGAGACUAUCAAGAUCCGCCUCCGGCACCGCUGAUUGAUCGAGAGGAGCUGAAAAAGUGGUCUUUUUACAGAGCAGUCAUCGCCGAGUUCGUAGCUACUCUACUCUUCUUAUACAUCACCGUUUUGACAGUCAUCGGUUACAAGCUCGAGUCCGAUACUACUGCGGGUGGUGUUGAUUGUGGCGGAGUUGGAAUCCUCGGUAUUGCUUGGGCCUUUGGUGGUAUGAUCUUCAUUCUUGUCUACUGCACCGCCGGUAUCUCUGGUGGUCACAUCAACCCGGCGGUAACAUUUGGGCUACUCUUGGCUCGAAAAGUGUCGUUGGUUAGGGCCUUAUUGUACAUUAUUGCUCAGUGUUUGGGUGCCAUCUGUGGAGUUGGGUUUGUUAAAGCCUUCCAAAGCUCUUACUACGUUCGUUACGGCGGUGGAGCCAACUCUCUAGCCGAUGGCUACAACAAAUUGACCGGCCUAGGCGCAGAGAUCAUCGGUACUUUCGUUCUAGUCUACACCGUCUUUUCCGCUACCGACCCUAAACGUAGCGCCAGAGACUCCCAUGUUCCGGUAUUGGCGCCACUUCCCAUCGGAUUCGCGGUGUUCAUGGUACACUUAGCCACCAUUCCGAUCACCGGAACCGGAAUUAACCCGGCAAGGAGUUUCGGAGCAGCCGUAAUCUAUAACGAGAGCAAGCCAUGGAAUGACCACUGGAUAUUUUGGCUUGGACCAUUCGUUGGAGCUGCGAUUGCUGCAUUCUAUCACCAAAUUGUUCUAAGGGCUUCAGGUUCUAAGUCUCUCGGAUCGUUCAGAAGUGCUGCAAAUGUCUAA